AUGGCUUCCCUGCUCUUCAAGGACAAGAAAGGUGGCGGGGGAGUCAAUUUCUCCUGCGCCUCCCCAGCCUCCGCCGCUGUCUGUACCAGCAUCGACCUCCGUUCCACCAUCCAUCCCGCCGGCGGCUCUGGCGGCCGCACCCUCGACCGCCACACGCUGCACCUCCAAGACCCCCGCCGGCGGCCCAAGUCCGCCGCGCCCUCCUCCAUUCCCCAUACGCCGACGAAGCCCAAGACAGUCCGCCCCAAGAGCUCGGAGAAGCUAAGGAGCGGCACGUUGGGCACCCCGGGAUCCAUGAGAUACCUGCUCGGCGGCGAGGAGGACGACGGCGGCGGCGUCAUUGUCGACGGCGCUUACUUAGAGGAAGGAGGGCGGGAGUUGGCUCCUCUUGUGUCACUAGACCCGCCGACGCUGAAAGCGUUGACGAGCGAACCGGCUGGGUCAAAGGCCUGCUCUGUUUCCGCCGCUGCCUUCGCUUCUGCUUCAGAAAGGCAAAACCAGGUUGUGGUGUUGCGAGUGUCAUUGCACUGCAAGGGGUGUGAAGGAAAGGUGAGGAAGCACAUUUCCAAGAUGGAAGGAGUUACAUCUUUUGAGAUCGACUUCGCGUCGAAGAAGGUGACGGUGGUGGGCGACGUGACGCCGCUGGGAGUCCUCAACAGCAUAGCCAAGGUGAAGCACGCCCAGUUCUGGUCAUCGCCUGCUCCACCAUCGGAUUUGAUUCCUGGUUACCACAGUAAUUUCAGAGCUUGACUUCUGUUAUAAAAAAAAACAAAAUCUUGCUGAUGACUGUCAACAAUAAGGAAAACGAUGAAUUCAUGGUGAGCAUGGAUGGACCAGGGAGACGGAAGCAGGACGUUGAAUUGUAGGGUAAAAGAAAUAAGAAAAACAGGGGCUGAGUUGAAUUGUUCAGGUUUCAUUGCCGUUUCUUUCUGUCUUGUUUGUUUACUUAGGGAGAUGAAUGUAUAAAUAUCAUUUUACUUGUA